AUGGUCAAACGAAGCAAGCUCCUUCAGACACUCGAUGCCCACCGGGGCCGGGAUUACAAUGCCGAGAAGCAGAAGAAGAUGGUGAAGGCCGCUAACAAGCGCAAAGGCCUGAAGAAGACCGACACUAGCACAGAAGUCAGCAAGGAGCCCGAAGAAGAGGUUGCUGACUCUGAGGCUGAGGACGACGAGGAGGAGCAAGAGGAGGACGCUGUUGAGGAUGCCGAGGAAGACAACGAAGAGGCCGAGGACGAAGAUGACGAGGAAGAAGAAGAAGAGGAAGACAUCCCGCUAUCUGACCUGGAGGAGGACGAGCGCGAGGAUGUUAUCCCCCACCAGCGCCUCACCAUCAAUAACUCCGCCGCAAUCAAGACCUCCCUCAAGCGCAUCUCUUUCAUCACCCAGAACACCCCCUUCUCUGAGCACAACUCGUUAGUGUCGCAAGAGCCGAUUGAGGUGGAGGACCCCAAUGACGAUCUCAAACGCGAACUGGCUUUCUACAAGGUCUGCCAGGCUGCUGCUAUUCAGGCCCGUGGUCUCCUCAAGAAGGAGGGCAUCUCUUUCACCCGCCCCGGUGACUACUUCGCCGAGAUGGUCAAGAAUGAUGAGCACAUGAACUUGAUUAAGAAGAAGCUGUACGAGGAGGCCGCGGGCAAGAAGGCCGCUGCUGAGGCACGCCGCCAACGUGAUCUGAAGAAGUUCGGCAAGCAGGUGCAGGUCGCCAAGUUACAGCAGCGCGCCAAGGAGAAGCGCGAUACCCUUGAGAAGAUUACUGCCCUGAAGAAGAAGCGCAAGGCUGACUCCUCUGCUCCUACCGACGAUGCCAAUGAUCUCUUCGAUGUUGCCAUCGAGGAGACUUCCAAGCCAGAGAAGCGCGGCCGCGAGGGCGGCGCCAACAAGCGCCAGAAGCGCGACCAGAAGUUUGGAUUCGGCGGCAAGAAGCGCUUCACGAAGAGCAGUGAUGCCGCAUCCAGCGGUGACAUGCGUGGCUUCUCCCAAAAGAAGAUGAAGGCUGGUGCGUCGAAGCGGCCCGGCAAGAGCAAGCGGGCUGCUGCGAAGGGCCGGUCGUAA